GUGGGUCUGUGCCUCAGAUGGGAGACGUGCGCGCGUCCCAGCUUCCAGGCACUGAGGGCGUGAGAGCUGAGGCGGUGUCACCGACUCGGGGGAAGAGACAGAAGAGGCGAGCCCAGAGCGGACGGUGUUAUAAAUAGUUGAAUAACCACUGAUUAUUUUCUGGUCCUUUAUGGCUUAUAACUUCAGAAGAAACAAUGGAAAGCCAAGAAUUUAUUGUACUAUAUACUCAUCAAAAGAUGAAGAAAUCAAAAGUGUGGCAAGAUGGCAUUCUGAAGAUCACUCACUUAGGAAACAAAGCAAUUUUAUAUGAUGACAAAGGACAAUGUUUGGAGAGUUUAUUUCUGAAGUGUCUUGAGGUGAACCCUGGAGAUGACUUAGAAAGUGAUCGGUACUUGAUCACAGUGGAGGAGGUUCGAGUUGCUGGAAGCAGAGCUGUUCACCAGAAGGUUGACCAAGAGGCGUCCUCGCUCUGUCCAAGGCAGUUGAUGUCCUCUGGCCGGUCCCUCAGAGGCCAGCCUGCUGGCUUGAAAAGGAAGUUCACUGGUUUUCAAGGACCACGUCAAAUGCCAAAGAAAAUGGUUACUAUGGAAAAUGGUGAAUCCACUGUGUCACUGGAGGCUGCAAACCCUGGCCCUGUUUUUCUUUCUCCAUUCUUGAGGGUCCCUCCUUUUUCUGUUACUGGCAAGAAAGACGUAAACAGUGUGGUGGCAGACCCUGAGGACACUGUCCUCUCCAAGGACGGAGGGAGAAAUGGCCCGCCUCUCUCUUCAGUUGGCUCAGCCCAGUCCUCCAGGGGUGACCUACAGGUGCUGUGGGGAGGGGAGCACUCCAUCUCUGUACUGGGCAAUGAGCCCACGGAAAGAAGUAGUUUGUCAUCUCACUGUUCGGGAGCUGCACAGAAUGUCAGGAGCAAAGCACAGAUCCUGGCUCUUCUGCGGUCCAGACCAACUAGUACGUGCAAGGAAAUAAGUUGUGUCACAGCAGGACAUUUCACUGGGGUGCAGCCACAAGGAGGUUUAAGAAUUCCUACUAAACCCAAGUGCUUAACUGAUCAGGAAGAGUGUGCUGAGGAGAGCACAGGAAGCUUACAGUACCAGCAACCAUCAGAAAACACCGUGAGAAAUAAGAGCCGGUGGGCCACAUAUUUAUCCUCACAGAGCUCACCUGUUCAUUCUUCUGCUGUAGAUGGAAAUGACCUAGAAAGGAAACCCGUGGCUCUGGGAGAUAACAUAAAUGUAAAUUUGAGAGACCUUUUGGUACAAAAAAGGAUACAGUUCUUUGAAACAGAUGCUAAAAAUAGGAAAAACUAUGAUGAAGACAAGCUAGUAGACAAUACUGAUUCAUUCUGUGAAAACAGCUUACCUGUUACCUGUGGCAAUGUGGAAAAUGAUGGCUUAGUAUCAAAAUCUGAUGCUCAAGAAAAUAAUAACAUACCAGUCAAUCAAAAUGAUUGGAUGUGUACAAAAGGAUCACUCAUUAGAGAAAAUGUUCAGGAAAUAAGUACACGUGGAGUACCAGAAAAGGAGCGUGAACAAACAGUGUCUUCCCUUCCAGAAUCGUACUGUCUACAAAUGGAAUCUUCGCUAAGUGGCAGUUCUAGGAUCUCCGAUGCCAUUACUGACAUGUUUUCUAGAAGGAGUGCUGAUUGUGAAAGUCUUAAUAUUCAAGAACCCAUAAGGAAUGUAACACAACCCGUUUUGGAGGUCAAUUUUAAUCUGAGUAAUUUUGAAACCAGUGAUACUGAGGAGGAAUCCCGGGAAAACAGCGGAAUGCCCCAGGAUCCGGGGGCCUGGGAAAAGGACCCCUCGGCCGGAGACUGCAGCUCAGCCAGGAAACCAUUGGUUACAGUAGUUUCACCAGCUGUUCCAAAGUCUCCUCAUCUGACCCAGGAUUCUCAGCAGUGUUCUCCGGGGACAAGGAAAGGAAAUGAAGUUGAAGCAGGUGAACCACUGCAGGCGAGUUAA